CCCUCUCUCCCUCCCUCUCUCAAAUUGAAAUUCACAAUAACAACACGAUCUACACAAAUUCCUGAAACGAUGAUGGCGUCGUUGCAGCGCCUGGUUCUGUCAAAGGCUCAAUCUGCGCUUUCCUUGGCUAGAAGUCGAGGUUUCGCCACCGGUAAUGGCUUCAUUGUUCCUCGACGUCCACUCAUGUACCGCCAAAUUUCUCAAUCCAUUAAAGAUUCAAAAGUUAAAGGUGUUGAGAAACGUUUGAACCACUCCAUCGACGGAUCGAUAUCGCCAAUAGAGAAGCUUCGAAUCUCGGCAGGAAAUCAGAAUGAGAUGUUAUUUCAAAAUGUAAUAGAGGGAUUAAGAGACAAUCGUUUCUCCAUAAUAUCUGCACGAAAAGAUAUGGUCAGAGGCCUCCGGUUGUUAACAGUUCCCCCGCUGACAGGGGCCGCACUCGCAUUAGUAUGGGAUCCCGUGUUCAAAAGGAACGAGCCAACUUCUUAA